AUGCCUAUUGGCAAUAUUUACGUGAUCGCCGCUACUUCGGUAGUAGGCGGCGCACUCUUUGGCUUCGACAUCUCCUCCAUCUCUGCCCAGCUGGGCGAGAACUCUUAUAAAUGCUACUUCAACCAAGGUCCCAAAGGCCCACCAUUCAACGAUGACCUGGACUGCAGUGGCCCAACAUCGUUGAACCAGGGUGGUAUUACGGCUAGUAUGGCCGCUGGUUCGUGGCUUGGAGCGCUAUGCUCUGGCAUUCUCAGCGAUCGUCUUGGAAGAAAAUAUUCCAUCAUGGUUGGUUGUAUUAUUUGGACAAUUGGCUCUAUUAUUUCCUGCGCCUCGCAAAACAUUGGGAUGCUAGUCGUUGGUCGUAUCAUCAACGGUCUCGCCGUUGGUAUCGAAUCUGCUCAAGUCCCCGUUUACAUUGCAGAGAUCUCGCCUCCUUCCAGGCGCGGUCGCUUCAUCGGCAUGCAGCAAUGGGCCAUCACUUGGGGUAUCCUGAUCAUGUACUACAUCUCCUACGGCAGCGCCAAUAUUGGCGGGCGCACUUCAGCCGACUACUCUACCGCUGCGUUCCGUGUUCCUUGGGGUCUACAAAUGGUUCCUGGCAUCUUCCUCUUUUUCAUGAUGAUGCUUCUUCCCGAGUCGCCGAGAUGGUUGGCCCGGAAGGAUCGUUGGGAUGAGUGUCAUGCUGUACUCACGCUUGUGCAUGGACAUGGAGAUCCGGAUCAUCCAUUUGUAGCUCUUGAGUUACAGGAUAUCAAGGACAUGUGUUCUUUCGAGGCCUCGAUUGCUGAUGUUACGUACUUGGAUCUUUUCAAGCCCAACAUGCUCAACCGGACUAUCAUUGGAGUGUUCACUCAGAUCUGGUCUCAGCUUACUGGCAUGAACGUUAUGAUGUACUACAUCUCAUAUGUCUUUUCGAUGGCAGGCUACAAGGGAAAUGCCAAUCUCCUCGCCUCUUCUAUCCAAUACAUCAUCAACGUCCUCAUGACGAUUCCCGCUCUUCUUUGGAUGGACAAAUGGGGACGUCGCCCAACUUUCCUCAUUGGUGCUGCUCUCAUGUGUACAUGGAUGUUCACCAACGCAGGUAUCCUGGCUGCUCACGGCACCGUCAUUCCCAAAGACGAGCGCGACUCGCCUCAAGUAUCUAUGAGCGUCGGGGGAGGCGCUGCAAAAGGUCUUAUCGCAUGUACAUACCUCUUUGUCGCUUCUUACGCCCCAACCUGGGGUCCUGCCUCCUGGACAUACCCUCCCGAGCUAUUCCCUCUUCGUCUUCGAGGAAAGGGUGUUGCUUUCGCUACCUCAUCCAACUGGGCUUUCAACACUGCUCUGGGUCUUUUUACACCUGUGGCUUUUGAGAACAUCACGUGGAAGAGUUAUAUCAUCUUCGGUGUUUUCAACGUCGCCAUGUUUGUUCACGUCUUCUUCAUGUUCCCCGAGACAGCUGGAAAGACACUUGAAGAGACUGCUCAUAUCUUUGAGGACCCUAACGGUAUCAAGUAUAUUGGUACCCCAGCUUGGAAGACUCGUGUUGCGACUCAUGCCACGACCAAGGCUGAGAAGGGUGAUGUUGAGGCUAAGCUGAGCCACGCUACGCAUGAGGAGGUGCCUCAGCGUUCUCCAUCGCCAGCUGAGAAGUAG